CAAUUGCUCUGGUCACCACGGUGGUGUUGGAAGGAACCUGUUCCAAGGAACAGUCUCUGCGGGGUUGUCCACACUAGGAGGCUGCAGAAUAACGACCACGUUUUCCUCCAGAUCAUCCCAUCUUCCUAGGGGCCAGGGAAUGGAAAUGGCUGUGGUGGAUUCAGCUCAGAUGCCGGUGACCUUCGAGGAGGUGGCUGUGUAUUUCACCGAGGGACAGGGGGCUCUGCUGGACCCCAGUCAGAGAGCCCUCUACAGGGACGUCAUGCAGGAGAAUUAUGAGACUGUGACCUCGCUGGGACUCCACAUUACCAAACCUGACCUGAUUGCCCGGCUGGAAGGAGGAGAAGAGCCAUGGGUCCCGGAUCUCCAAGCCUCCAAGGAAAGGAAGAUCCCAAGAGGGAGAUGCACAGUAGGUGAUGAGACAAUGAGUGAGAACGAGGAGGGGAAUCCACAGCAGGAAGAUCCUGAGCAAGUGGAACUGCAGGGGACCUUUUUGAGAAGAGCUGAAGGGAAUUUUUCCCAGUGCUUGGAACAGAGAAAAGGCAGGAAUAAUUGGCACAGGUCAGAAAGGAAGCUGGGAAACGGUCGAAGGAAGAAAGUGGAUGAAUCAAUUGAAUGUGGAAGAGGAGGAAAGGAUUCCAAAGAAACCACAGCCCAGCAGACAAGUCACAAGGAAAAGAAGCCCUAUAAAUGCUUGGACUGUGGGAAAAGCUUCAGUUACCCCUCAGUCCUUAUUAACCACGAGAUAAUCCACACAGGAGACAGACUUUAUAAAUGCCUUGAGUGUGGGAAAAGCUACAGUCAGCGCUCAGCCCUUAUUACCCAUGGGAGAAUCCAUACGGGGGAGAGACCCUAUAAAUGCUUGGACUGUGGGAAAAGCUUCAGUGUUAGCUCACAUCUUAUUACCCAUCAGCGGGUACGCACAGGAGAGAGACCGUAUAAAUGCCUUGAGUGUGGGAAAAGCUUCAGUCGGAGCUCACAUCUUAUUACACAUCAGAGACUGCACACAGGAGAGAGACCAUAUAAAUGCUUCAACUGUGGGAAAAGCUUCAGUCAGCAGUCAGUCCUUAUUAAUCAUGGGAGAAUCCACGCUGGGGAGAGACCCUAUAAAUGCUUGGACUGUGGGAAAAGCUUCAGUCAGAGCUCACAUCUUAUUACUCAUCAGAGAAUGCACACGGGAGAGAGACCAUAUAAAUGCUUUGAGUGUGGAAAAAGCUUCAAUCAUAGCUCCCAUCUUAUUAAACAUCAGAGAGUGCACACAGAAGAGAGACCGUAUAAAUGCCGUGAAUGUUGGAAAAGCUUCAGUGACAAAUCAAAACUCAUUACACAUCAGAGAAUCCACACAGGAGAGAAACCGCAUAAAUGCUUGGAUGAUGGGAAAAGUUUCAGUUCCAGCUCAUACCUUCCUAAACAGUGGAGAAUCCACACGGGACAGAAUCUAUAAAUGUCCCUAAAUCCUCUGAGGUGCUGGGUUACUGGAGAUCAAAUGUGAAGGGACCAGGAGGGAUGGGUUAUGGGGAGGAAACUGGGGGAUUGAAUGGUUGGGUCUGGUGGAUGUGGGAUGCAGAGGGUGCUGGGGAAAUCAAGUGUUAGGGAUCACGGGAUAAGAGAGGAGAGUACAGGGAAGAGAGGUGCUGCCUCUUAUCACUCACCCCCUCUGCCCCUUUUCCCUGCCCCCUCUACAUUCAGAAAGCACCACUGAGAGGGACUGAUUUCCACAUUGUCUUUUGUGGGAGGCGUAAAGGCUUCAGGAUCCCACCUCUGCCUGCACAGCAUCAGCUUCUGAGGGUCUCUCUGUGAUGGGAAACGUGGUUGGGAUUAGCUAGCAAAUCUCCCCCGACCCUCCCGCACUUUUCCUAGUCUAGACGGACCCCAACCAUUUUAUAUAUUCUGAUCCCCCCAUUAGCAGAGUGAUUGUUAGAGUCACUGAGUUCCACAAAGUCUCACAUUGCUCCAGGUUAUGCCAAAAACAUUUAUUUUUUGUACACUGACUCCCUUUGAGACCAGAUUUAAAUAGAUUCUAAAAGUCCUGGAGCAGGGUUAGGAAAAUGUGGUGUUUGGAUUCUGUGGUAUUUGAGGAUAAUGGGAUGAGUUGGAGGGAUUCCCUCCUCCUCCCUUCAUUGUCAUGCUCCACCCUGACACAGCAGCCUCUGUCCGAGCCUUGGAUAGUUUAUCUUCUCCCCAUUCUACUGUCCACCUCCCAGCACGGCACUUCCACCAGUGUUCUUUACUCUCCAUGCUUAGGAAUCACACUUUGAUUUUUUUGAUCCUGACUCAGACUCGUUCGGGCUAGAGAUGAAAGUGUCCCAGACCUGGAGGUGAUAUUCAAAUGAA